AUGUCUUUGCAAGCCGCCCUCAGUACCUUGUCGAAGGGUACCUCUGUCAACGUCUGGGGGACCUCGAUGCCUCUGGCUAUCUGGGUCUUGGAUGUCAUCGACUCCCAGACCAGGAAGAGCCAGCAAACGACACUGAUGGAGAGCCUGUGCAGCAAGGCGGAUGCCGUGACCGAAGAACUGUGGGAGUACUUCACCCGGCAGCAGCAGCCCACGCUCGACAAGCUGAUCUUUGACAAGAGCGAGGAUGGUCCCGGUAGUUCGCCAUCCAAGUUCCGGGAAGCCUGCGAUUGGGACCGGGUGUGGUCCUACGACUGGGACAUCUACGCCCCUCUGUUCCGAUUCUGCCAGCUGAAUCUGAACCGGGUCGUGGGCUUGAACCUCCCGCUCGAGGCGACGCUGAUGGUCUCGAAAGGGGGCGUGGCCUCCACUCCGGACUGGCUUCAGUCGAGACUGCCAACGCUGGACCUAUCACAGCAACGCCAUCGUCGGCGCUUUGAGGACAUGCUGCGCAUGCCACUGGAGCAAGCUGUCGAGAGGAUGAGCUUGCCGACUGCUGGUUGGGCGCCACGGGAGGAUCUGAGUUCGAUGUAUGAGGCACAGGUCUUGUGGGACGAGUACAUGGCCAGCACUGCCGUGAACUACAUCAACGACGUGGGCGGUCGCCUCGUCGUCCUUGCUGGCACGAACCACGUCUGGCGUGAUGCCAUUCCAGACCGCUUCCAGCGUCAGUCGCGAGGAUCUGGCAGGCGCGCCAUUUCCAUAGUACCCUGGCGAGGGAAGCAGCUUCCACCACCAGGCCUUGCUGAUUACGUGCUGCCAAUGGAUGGACCCGGUGGGGGCUCCGAAAUCGCUGCAGAGCUGCGCGACCAGCGAGAGCGCCUGAGGGGCCGUUCGCGUGUCUUCCCGGCAGGCUAUGUAUGUUUGCUUCCUGGAUCGGAGCGCUUUUCAAUUGCCCAAGGUCUCAGCCGCGACAUGCGGGAUGUCGGCGCGGUGGGGAUGGCUGCGUUCUACGAGGCUGCGACGAUCAGCCGGUACGCGCAGAGAGCCGACAGCUUCGACAAAGCGGCCCUGCGAAAGCACGGGGCCCAUGUGGCUGCUUGGAUCGCCUAUGGCCACCACUAUGGGCCGAAGGGGUGGACUCCGGGCAUCGAGGAACUGCGGCUCUUGAGGAAGUUCAUCGGAAAGAUGGGUGGGGGACUUCUGCCCUCUCGCUUGAGGGAGGUGCUGCCGGAGACGCAGGCUGCGCUACAGCGGGCCGAGGCAAGGGGGCAGGCCUGCGAGAACUGGAAAGAGGCGGAGCAAGAGCUGAAGAAGAGUCUUCAGAAGUUCAGCUGCUGCCGAAACUCGGCGGACAAAGCCGCCGCCAGCCAUGACACCAUCCUGCAAGGCGUGGUCGCUGUUGCCGACGACGACUGCUCCGGCUCGGGUGAGGUGCAACCUGCUGGCGAACAAGUCACUCAGGUAGACUCAGAUGUGGAUGCGGCGGACCCUGCAUUUUCGGUCGCAUCCGACCAGCACCUACAACUUGUCAGCAAGAUGAAUGAGUGGGGCUUUUUGAGCGAUGCUCAGAGGCUGGCUCGGCUCCAGCAGGCGGAGGAGGCAGCCAGGUGCCCGCUGAGGCGCCUGAGCCAAGCUCAGCUGGCUGAGGUCGUCAACACAGCGGCAGCAGCUCUUGCGGCUCCGCGUAGACAGGCGCGGCAACAAGAGCCAGACUCGGGAGGAUCAGGUGAGGCAAGGGCGGAGGUCGAGCAAUCGAGUCCGAAAGCUGAUCUGCAGAGGCGGGUGCGGAAGCUGCUGCUGGACGCUCUGCACUUGUGGCGAGUGAAGAGGUAUGAGUGCGUUGCGAUCGAGCACGUGCUGGACUUCGUCCAGGGGAAGAUCGAGAAGUUUGAAAGCAACGUGGGCGAGAUUCAGGGCGCUGCUGCCGGGGCCAUGUGGUCUUCCAUCAAGCUGGCCGUCGAUGAGAUGCUGCACUGUGCCGAGGAACAAACUGGCGUUGGCAACCUUACGAUGGGUGCUAGGCCAGCCAGGGGCCCAGCCACGAGACUUGGUAUCGUCUGGAAGAGGCAAUCGCUCGGCUGGGUGGUCUCAUGGCACGAUGACAACGAACUCAAAAAGUCCUUGCACUUCCCCGUCUCCAGGCAAGGCCUCAGUGAGGAAGCAGCUGCAGAGGCAUCCCUGGACCAGGCCAAGGCUUUCCGCGAAGAGCUCGUGCGCCAGGGAAAGUUGCAGCCUGCGAAGCCCAGCGUUGCUGUCCGGUCCUUGGUGAGGGGUGUGGCCUUUUGCAAGGACUCACAGAAGUGGAGGGUGAAGUUUCCAGAUCCAUCUCGCAAGAGGAAGGAAAUCUCCUGCGGCUAUUUUGGUACACAGGAGGAAGCUGAAGAAAAGGCACGGGAGAUGGCUCGAAAGUUCGGUGUGCCAGCUGAGACUGUGGUGGUGCCCGCGCAAAAGCUCUCGGAGCUGCCACACUUCGAGCCCCUUGGCCCGCAGAAGGGGGUGAAGUGGGUUGUUGGUGAGCAGGCGUGGCGCGCAAGGUGCGCGACUGGCAGUGGCAGGGAGACGCUCAAGAGGUUCCCGCCCCUGGACUCCUCGAAGGAGGAGGUGAGGAAGGCCUGGGACAGUGCCGUGGCAUGGCGCCAACAGCAAGAGAAGGAACAAAUGUAUGCAAAGGCUGGCGAGAAGCACGCCGGACAAAACAGCAACUUUGCCAGCCUUUGGUUGUUGAGGGGUUUCAGGGUUUUGAGGGUUUAG